GUUGGUCGAUGGAUUAACUGUUACAGGUUGUCUUGUGUUUGAAGCCUGAGCUUUGAUUGGCUCGAAGCCAACUUGCAACCGUCUCAUGGCAUCACGUCACCUAGAGACCGGGGGAGGCUCGCACCUCGCUCCUCGCACCUCGCUCCUGCCGCAGUCGAUCAACGUCGGCCCAUAAUACCGCUUUACUAACACAACCCCUCCUCGUUCUCUCUCAUCACCCAGCGAUUUAUUAUUCGACUCAUCACAUUUACUCAUAUCGGCGACAGCGUGCGACACUCGUCUACUCGAUUGACCGCUUAUCAGCAACCACCCGACCUCUCCUUGCGCGCAAUUACCAACCGUCGCAUUCCGUCGCGCGUUCCAUCAAACCACAUUACAAAGUACCAGUCGCUUGUCCAGCACACGUCUGCACGGCUCCCAGCAACCAUACAUAUAUCCAGACCCUUAUCGCAUCGCCUCACACCCGCCUAGCAACGGCGCAUCAACCUGCAGAAUGAAGUACGUUCCCCUCCGUGACUUCCAAGUCAUUACCGAUGCCUUGAAUUUCUCGACCACCGACUUGCACGUCAUUGGCAGCUGCGAUCUCUACACAACGAAAGCGGCCGGCAGCGAUAAGAAAUUGUACAAGAACAUCGAAACAUCACUCGAAAAGGAGCAUGGAAACCUCUUGCGCUUGGCCGCUUCGCUGUCGCCUCCAUCAAUUCCCAUCGACAGCAGAAAGAAAGAGCGCAAGCCAUCAGUCCACAUGCCAGAGAUUGAUCUCUCUCGCGACAGUCCAUUCGGCUCUUUCAACCAAAUUAGUGCAAGACGAACAUUCGCUUAUCUGAUUGCGACACUCAACGCCUCUCACCCCGACUACGACUUCUCACACAUCCUCCGUCCGACCGACUUCCGUAAGACAACCGGCACUGCAAUCAGGAGAAGUGUGGAUAGUACCCUUCUGAACAUGCGCCCUCGUCGCAUGUCAACUCUUCUUUCACCCCACGCCAAAUCAUCUCUGAGUGCUGGUUCGCCUCAAGGCAUCACAUCACCCAAUGCCGAAUUUGUUUGGGGUGAGCACAUGUGGAAAUUGAUUGACAAGGAGAUGGAGCUCAAUCAAUGUGAAAAGUACACAUGGGAUCCUGAAGACGACCCUUUUGAGGGCGAGAGCGCAUUGUGGAGUCAGCAUUACUUUUUCUUCAACAAGGAGAAGAAGAGAGUCUGUUACCUCAACUUCCGCUCGUUUAGCGUACUGUCACACUCACCUGCCAACGGCAUGCACAUGCGUACCGUGCCCAUUACCAACCCUGGUGUUGGUGAGGGCGCAGGCAAGCGAGCCCAGUACUGGCUCGGUCACAGUGUCGAUGGUGACGAUAUCGACAACUGGAGAGAGGACGAUGAUGUCGAGUAUGAAGACUCGAUGAGCAUCGACAACGACAGCAAUGAAGGCGAGUAUAGAAACGAUCUGGAUGAUGUCCGCGACAAGCUCGAGGACGGUUACUAUGAUUGGGCUGACGGCGCUGUCGACUCGAAUGAUGCCUCUGGCUGGGAUCCUCGACGUAUGCACCGUGGCUCUAGUGAGGGCCCUGCUGAUGCGAUGGAGAUUUAAUCUGCUGUGCAGGAUGUCAUUCUGUUGGUCGACAGUUCGCCAUCACUUUUCACAUACGCUGGUCGUCAAUUUCUUGUUA